CACACACACACACACACCUUCCUGGCUCCCCCUAGAGGCAGGUAUCUGGGGAUGGGCAGCCAAGCUGGUGCAGCAGGUCUCUUGAGCCUUCUCAGCCACCAUAGUUCUGGUGCCUUGAGAGGAAGACUGAGUGAUGGCUUCCAACUUCAACGAUGGUGAGACUAAACCCUGUUGCCAUAGCAACUCUCCGAGCACUCUGCCCCUGGAGCCAGAGAGGGGCUGCAGUAGGGUUUGGGGAGCAGGCAGAGAGGAGAAGGCUGUGGACGGCUGGUUGGCCCUGGGAACCCCUCCCUUACAAUCCUGGGCUGGGGGCCUGGAGAAGAGCAGGGGGGAUUGGUAGCCCUGUUAGACAAGGGGUUUGGCCCACCCGGAGCAGGGGUUCAGCUCAGAGCAGGGCAAUGGGAUAGACUCGCCCAGUAUUGGGCUUCAGCUCAGAAUGGCGGUUGGUCCAGCUCAGUGAUGGAGUCCAGGUCAGAAUGGGGGGAUGUUAAGAUGGAGUCCAGGCCAGAUGGCCCAGUACAGAAUGGGGAGCCAUCAGACUCUGCAGUGGUCCUGCCCAGUGUUGGGGUCCAGCUCAGACUAGGGGAUCACCCAAUCCAGAAUAGAGGUUCAUUUCAGAAUGGGGGUGAGGUAGUCAGUGUUGGGCUCCAGCUCAGACUGGGGGAUGUUCCAGCUCAGAGCAGGGGAUCCAAGCUAGACUGGAGGAAUCAGCCAGCCCCUAGUUGGGGGUCCCAGCCCCGACUUGGCAUCCCUGCCCCAGAAUUCCUGGGACAACCAGGCUUUGGUGGACAGAGAGUACUGAGAUUUGUCUGGGAAGUCUGAGACUGGGCUCCUGCUUCCUGCGGUAGUCCUGGAUUUUGGAAGGGGUGUCUGGGGUCCUCUUUAUGAGCCCAGAUCGAAUCCAGACCAGGAUGGAGGCUGGAACACGCACCCUACCCCUCCACCCGCCUACUCCCGUGGAAGACAUGGGCAGGGCGGCAGGUUUCACAAGCCAGCAGCUGGCUGGGUUUCCCUUCCCUGCCACUUGCAGUUGUCUAAGGGCCACGGGUGCUGGGCACACUGGGAGAAGCUGCCACUCACCGUCCGCUUCUUUUGAGAUCUGGAAAGGAGGAAGACGGUCGAGGCAGCCUUCCCCUCCCCCUCCCCCACCGCUGGGUUUAGCCUUUGUUUCCGGUUUGGACUUUCAUGGCCUAGAGCAGAGCCAAGCACAGGGUAAGGUUUGACAGAGGCCAAGGACAUCCCAGGAUGCGUUCCACUCCGCCCCUGCAUAGGAACAAGAGAAAGCCUGAUGCACCCAUUUCUCUUGGGGCUACAGGAUUUGGAGAGGUGGUAGGGUGGCUCUUACACCACCACCCCCACACACACACAUCCAACCCAACUCUCUGCUAAUUAAUGGAGCCCUGGGCCUCUCUAGCCCCCAAGGAGUCCCUGGCUGCUGCCUGGGCCUAAACCCUUAACUCCUUCUCCUCUGCCCAGUGAGCACUGCCCUGGGCACAUCAGGUACCAUCCUCUGGGUAGUCCACCUGCCUGGGGAAGGCAGGGUCUGGCAUCCUGGGAGCAGUGAAGUCCCUGGAAUAAGUUAGCGUUAGCACCCCACCCCCGGGGCAGGAAGGCCAGCCAGGAGGGACAUCCUAGGGAGAAUCUUCCCACUGCCUCCUGCCAAGGAGGGCCUCUGCAAACCUUAGCCAGGAGCAGGCACCUUUAAAUGCUUCCCUAGCAACCAGCUCCUCCUUCAGGGUUCCCCAAGGCCCUCCCGAGGAAACCAGCUCAGAAGCUCUGCAUAUUCCUGGUUUCCCUGGUUCCCAGGGUAGCCUACGAUGAAUCUGGGUUCAGGCAAUGGCCAGGGUGGGGACUCAGAGACCACCUUCCAGCUAUGGCUGCAGCUAUUCCUCUGGGCCCACCUGACUAUUCGUUUCCUGAGCUACCUGCACCACGCCCUCUGGGCACCUAAGCCACAGCCAGCACCCUGAGUCUCCCUGGUCAGGGGCAGACGGGCCCCAGAUCACCCCAUCCCACUCCACCCCCAUUGUACCCUCUGCUGGAGGAGGCAGGAAGCAGAGGUGAGUAUAGGGGCUCCUGGAUGGGGUUACCCCAUCAUUAUUCCUCUGUAUCUGCCUGUUCCUCCUGGCUCUGCCCCUCCCUUGUGCCCCAUCCCCAAAUCUGCGAGCCAGUGGCACCAGAAGGGACAGAGAAGGGCUAUGCUAGGACCAAGGCACCCUGUGGAGCCUCUCAGUGCGGUACCCUAGUCAGAAAAGCAGGAUAUGGCAAUUUCAGGGAUGGCUGAGAGCAAAAGGAGAAGUGGGACCAGGCAUUCUGGAUUCCUCACAAGCCCACUUCUCCCUACCUUCCUGGGCUGGUGAAGGUAGAAUUACAAAAGGGUACCAUCUCCCCCACCUUCGUUCAGAAAUUAGUGUAUACAUUGGAGGCGUCCAAGGAAGAUAGUGUGUGUCAGGAAAGAUUCUGCUAGUGUAAGCAUUGGAUGUGGUGCUGUCCCCAGAUUCAGAGAGGUCUCUCAGUCAGUUGGUGGCCCAGCCAGGCGCCAGCCUAGGACUCCUGACCACUCCUUGACUUCCCUCACUCUGCCCGGUCACUCUUUGUAAGGCUCUCCUGGCCAGUGCUCUCUUCUCCAUCUGCUGCCCUUGUAGCCCCAUGGGAGGUUCUUUUAUCCGAAUGCUGAGGGCGAGCCUUGGGGAUCAUGGAGGGGGGUGGCUACCCAGAGGCUGUGUGGGACUCCUGGUGCACAUGGGUGGGACACACAAAUGACAGGCAAGGCCAGAGUCCAAGUGUGCAGGACCCCUCAGGGUGGCACCUGUCCAGGAACAUCAGAGGGUCGAGGACAGGUCUGUCGGGUGGGCCACCCUAGGUCACUACGACCUUUCAGGAGGGAAGCAGUUAAUUGCGUGAGCAGUGGGGUCUGGCAGGCAACCUAAGGCCUGGUCAGUCUUUUCUUCUGUACAAUGAGGUAAUAGCAACUCUGAGCCAUCGGGGUAGGACUUAAGCAUAGAAAGCAUUUAGCUCAGGGCUGGCACAUGGCAUGCCUGACCCCAGGGGUUGUCUCUAGGACAGGUCCGUAAUGUACACAUCUGUCAGGCCACACAUUUAAGAUGUGAGCGUUCAAUGCAUCCCCUGUAUUUUAUACCUCAAUUAUAAAAAAUACUUGAAAGCAAAAUUAAUAAUCAACAGUUAUAUGGAAUGACUCUCAUACAGGUCACUGUCCAACUCCAUUUCCCUAGAUCAGUGGUCGGCAAACUCAUUAGUUAACAGAGCCAAAUAUCAACAGUACUUCUUCAAAAUAGACUUGCCCAGGCCGAAAACCGACUUUUGCGCAUGGGCCACGAAGUUUCAGUCGCACUGUAUGUGUGCGCCCGCACGUGGUAUUUUGUGGAAGAGCCACGUUCAAGGGGCCAAAGAGCCGCAUGUGGCUCGCAAGCCGCAGUUUGCCGACCACUGCCCUAGAUUAACUCAUUCAGUCCUCAAAACUACUUUGCCAGGUCAUUACUAUUAUUCUCCCCAUUUUACAGAUGAGGAAAACUGAGGCCCAGAGAGGUAAGGUCAGUUGCCUAAGGUCACACAGUUUAGCAGAACCAGGCUGGGGUCUGAACUUAAUCUCAGUUCCAGAGUCCUGGCCCUUAACGAUUUGCAGGGUGCUGGCAAGUAUGACUCUGUUGAAGCCUCAGUUUCCUAGUGUUAAAUGGGGAGAAGAAUAAAAGGAAACUUGGUGAGUUAACCAAAUUUGAUAGUGGAGACAAAACAGGCCCAGGGUCAGCCCGCUGGGAAGUCUUCAGUAUUAGCUGAAUGGUGAUAUUCUUGGGGUACUAAGGGGCCUCUGGGGAGCAGACAUAGAGCGAGGCCUCCCUUGAACCAGCUCUGGAACCAGGGCCCCUGAAUUGGCAAAGGCAGGAACAGGGCAACAGCUGAGCCCCCCCAAGGGCGCUUGCUACCCGAGCCCCAGAGGCUUCCACCCCCCGACCGGCCUCCCCAGAGAAGGGGCCUGAGGAACAGCCAAAUCCUGAGGCUAUAAAUACCUCGGCUGGCGUCCUCCCUGGCCCUCCCUGGCCCUGGAAUGCCGGUCAGAACUGGGACAAGUGGGGGUGGGCUGGCCUGGGUACUGCCCUCUGUCCCCCUGAGAGUGACCCCCGAGUUGCUCUGUACCCCAUUUUGGAAGAGCUGAGGCUGGAUCCCACCUCCCUGUAGUAAAGGGGACCCAGGCCCUAGCCCAGAUCAGGCCCCUCCCAAGCUGCCCUCAGACUCAGCCAGGGCACCCAAAGACCCUAGUGGGAAAAAAGAUCAGACUAUGGUUGAAACAGCUGCACCCCACUUUCCACAAAUGAGCAUCUCCCCAGGAACACCCUGGGCCUGCCCCAGUGAGAUGGGGAUGUCUAGCUAACUCUCC